CAAAAAGUCGUGAAAAUUAUAUACGUAUAUUAGAGGACAAUAACAAAAAUUUUCAAAAAGAAAUAGAAAGCAAUUACGAUUAUAUAGAUGAUUUAGAAAACAAAAUUGAAAAUUUUGAAAAUAAUAUACAAUUCAAUAAUACUAAAAACGAUUCAAAAAAUAAGAUAGAUCAGAACAAACGAAAAGAACUAAGGUAUAAAAUAUUUGAUAUAUUAAAAGAAAAGAGGCCAAAAUAUGGUUUUAGUAUCAAAAAACCUUGGUGUGAUCAAGAAAAAUCAAUUAGAGAAAAUACAAUUCCUUUACUGCAAAAUCUAGCAAUUCAUUACAAUGUAACAGAUGAAUAUUUGUUACAAAUUUUAAAACAAAGACAUACAUCGCAAAGGAAUUUACUUAAAGUCAAAAUGAACCCUAAAAAAAAUAAAGAUUUUAAAAAAAGAACACAUAAAAACAAUCAUAUCUCAGAAGCCUUAAAAUUCAUUAUAAAUACCGAUAAUUAUUUAAUUAAAAAAUAUAAAUCGGAAGAAUUACAAGGUCUAAUAUGCUCUCAUGAUAUAUACUCUCUAGAAAUAUCCGAUACUGAAGAUGAAGACAGAAAUAAAAAGAAAAUUAUAAACUAUUAUAAUUUGCCAGGAGGUCGGAGAAUGCUAAAAGGGCUUCUAAAAAAAGUGCUAGACACAGUAGCACAUCGCACAGCACCAUUAUACCGGGAAAAACGGUAUAAUGAUAAAACCUAUUAUAUUGAAAAUCCAAUACUUCCAAUAGAUGCUUCUGAUUGGGCAGUUAAAUCUGAAUUUAGAAUGAAGUACAAACGGCAAAACCCAGAAGUAGUAAAUAUUAUAAAACGACAAAAAGUUGAUAAAAAAACCAAGGAUAAUUAUGAAAGCUUAAAUAUAGAUGAGGAUAUUUAA